GAAAAUUUUCAGGGCAAUUUUUUUUAUUGCGCUUCCUGAAAAGUACCGAGCCUCGAGAAUGCCCCGCAGCGUUGGACAAGAAACCAUGAGGGAAUGCGCAAUUCUUUCGAGACUGGUUUCGCGCUGCUAGGAACGUCACUCUGCCGCACAUCCUUGGCUCUGCCUUUCUUAAACAUUCAUUCCUAUCUCCGCUUGGUACAGCUCGCCCUUCCCCAUUUGCUUCCCUCCUUUUUCUCUCAGACGAAAGAGCUCUGCGCGAAAAAAGACACAAAGAUUUGGAAAGAAAGAAAGUGCGUCUUCUAUAACCUGUUCGAAUCCGCAUGACGCUUUUUGACAAUCUGAUCGGGGGGUAUCUUUCUGGGAUCGUCUUUGCCACAACGCUGUUGGGUGCCACAACCAUCCAAGCGUACUGGUACUUUGCAAGGUUUCCCAAGGAUCCAUCAUGGAACAAGCUUCUAGUCAUAUUCUUGAUAGGGGCGCAAUUCCUCAACUUAGGUUGUAUGAUGAAAACCAUGUACGGGCUAUUGGUUCAAUCCCUUGGCAGAGCCUUCACUCGCAAUCCAUGGAGUGGGAGUUCGUAUCUUCUCGUGAACGCUGUAUCCUCUGUGCUGGUGCACUUCUUUUUCGUCGGGAGGAUCAGGAAACUGACUAAAAUCCGUUGGUUGCCUGCAACGAUUGCGGUUGCAUCAUUGAGCAUGCUUGGAUUCGCCGUAGAAGUAUCUGUGAAUGGGUAAGCUGACUUGUGUAAGCCUACCGUCAUAUUGCGAUUUUCGCCACUGGCAGGUUUCGGUCUCGAGGUAAUCUUGUGAGCGCCAAGCCUCGAUUUGACAUCACUGCAUGGUGUACAUGCCAGGUGGUAGUGGACGUGCUAAUAGCAAGCAGCAUGGUUGGGCUGCUCUA